GGGCCUGACCGGAUGUUGUUCUCCCCCAGGCCGACAGAGCCUUCGCCUUGUUAUGGAGUACCUUCCUAAUGGCUGCCUCCGGGACUACCUGCAGCGUCACCGGGCACACCUCGACCCCUGCUUCCUCCUCCUCUAUGCGGCCCAGAUCUGCAAGGGGAUGGAGUAUCUGGGCUCUCAGCGAUAUGUCCACAGAGACUUAGCCAACAGGAACAUCUUGGUGGAGAGCGAGAGCCACGUGAAGAUCGGAGACUUUGGUCUGGCCAAACUUCUGCCCCAGGACAAAGAAUACUAUGUGGUCAGAGAGCCCGGCCAGAGCCCCAUCUUCUGGUAUGCCCCGGAAUCCUUGUCGGACAACAUCUUCUCCAGGGAGUCUGAUGUCUGGAGUUUCGGCGUUGUCCUCUAUGAGCUUUAUACAUACAGCGACAAAACCCACAGCCCCUCAGAGGAGUUUUUCCGAAUGAUGGCUUGUGACCACUCCAUGCCCAUCCUCUGCCACCUCCUGGAGCUGCUCACAGAGGGCCGCAGGUUGCCCGCUCCUCCUGGCUGCCCAGAAGAGGUUCAAGAGAUCAUGAGAAGCUGCUGGGCCUCCAACCCCAAGGACCGGCCCUCUUUUUGUGCCUUGAGUCCCCGGCUUGAUGCUCUGUGGGCUGGGCGUCGAGGGUAGCCAUUGGUGGCAAUACAGGACACUGGAGAAAAGUCCUCAAUUUAGGAAUCCUGACUUUGCUACAGUUUUACUGUAUGAUCUUGAGCAAGUCUCUUUCCUCUCUCUUGAGCUCAGUUUCUCCAUUCAUAAAAUGAGGAGGUUUAGUUGGUCUCAUUGACCUUUAAAGUUCUUUUCUAGCUCCAAAGUCCAUUAAUUUUAAGUGGAGAAAGAAAGGCCCCCCUUCCCUCUCUUCCUCCAAGAAUCGAGCCUGAUUGUCCCAAACUCCCAAAUGGAGAACAGACACCAGAUCCCAAGAUAGGCAACGGGAGCUUAGGAAAGGGCAGAAGGGGGAGCAUCCAUCAUUCCUUCUUGGGGAAAGCUAUUUACUCCCUACUGGACCCACAAAGAGGGAAGGGAGGACCCUCUGCCAGGCUAUUGUCUCCCUACCUCCCCUACCCAUUCCUUCUGGAGGUGGUACACAAUUUGAUCUGGGUUUUAUGUGUAUUAUCAAGUAAAACUUACUUCCAUAUUGUUCGUUGUUGUAAGAGAAUACUCAUAUUAAGCCCAAAACCCCAAAUAAAAAUCCAAAUAAACAAAAGUUUAAAAUCGUAUGCUUUGAUCUGCAUUACAACCCCAACCGUUCUUUUUCUAGAGAUGGAUAACGUUCUUUGUCCCAAGUCCCUCUGAAUUAUCCUGAUCACUGACAUCCUGAGAGUAGCCAAGUCUAUCAGAGUUGAUCAUUCCACAAUAUCUCUUUUACUGCGAACAAUGUUCUUCUGGUUCUGCUUAUUUCACUCUGCAUCAGUUCAUGAAGAUCUUUGCACCUCUUUCUGAAAUCCUCCUGUUCAUCAUCCCUUACAGCACAAUAGCUUUCCAUCACCAUCAUUUCCACAACGUAUUCAAUCAUUCUCCAAUUGGUAGAAACUCCUUUAGAUUCCAAUUCUUUGCCACCACAAAAAGAGCAGCUCUAAAUAUCUUCAUACAAACAGGUCCUUUCCCAUUAAAAACAACAACAACAACAACAAAACCUCUUUAGGAAACAGACCUGCUAGUGGUAUUUACUGGAUCAAAAGGUCUACACAGUUUUAUAAACCCCUUUGGGCAUGGUUUCAAAUCUGGGCAAGUUAUUUAACCCCUACUCCUUGCUCUGCUGUCUUAGAGUUGUUACUAAGACACUAGAAGGUAUGGGUUAAAAAAAAUAACCACAAAGUAGGCUGUCUUGAAAGGUAGUGAGUUCUCCAUCACUGCAGGUGUUUUAAAUGGCAGACAGAUGACAAGGCUGUGCCUAGUACUCUUUAGAGGUAGUUGUUCUGUAAGAGUUGGAUUAGGCGAUCUCUAAGGUGCCUCUGAGAUCUUUUUAAGAGUGAAGAAAGCUAUUGUAUACGUUCUAUGGGAAGUUUACAGGGUGGAAGUGGCUAGAGCCUUGGAACUGGGGGGUCAGGACUCUUGGACUCGAAUCCUAGCUCCAGUUUAUGUCUAGCUGUGUUACCUUCAGCAAGUUAGCUCCCUUCCCAACAGAAUAAUGAAAUCCUAAAAACUGGUCAAUUUGCAGCACCAUGGACAUUCCAUCUCUAGCUUCCAGGAGUGUGCACCAACAGUCCCUCCUGCUAAAAAUGUCCUUCUUUCGAGCAGAACCAGGAGAACCUUAUACAUAGAUAUUGGCACACUGUGGCACAAUCAAACAUAAAGGACUUCUCUAUUAGCAGCAAUGCAAUGAUCCAGAGCAAUUCUGAGGGACUUAUGAGAAAGAACACUAUCCACAUCCUGAGAAAGAACCGUGGGAGCAGAAACCCAGAUGAAAAACAACAGCUUGAUCACAUGAGUCAAUGGGGAUAUGAUUGGGGAUGUAGACUCUAAGCGAUCACCCUAAUGCAAAUGUCAAUAGUAUAGAAAUAGGUCUUGAUCAAUGAUACAAGUAAAACCCAGUGGAAUUACACAUCAGGUAUGGGAGGGGGAGGGGGAGGAGGGGAGGGAAAAAACAUGAAUCAUGUAACCAUGGAAAAAUAUUCUAACUUAAUUAAUUAAAUAAAGUUUUUUUAAAA